AUGUUCGAGGUCCCCGAUGCAAAAAGGGUCAAGAGAUCGGCUCUUUUCCGAGAAGACGACUCGCAAGGCUCGCGCGCAUCGACCAGAUCUGUCUCGCCGGUAGAGCCCACCGGUGACGAGGGAGAGAAUAUUGUAGAGCCAACGUAUUGUUUUGAAUACGACUUCAUCGCCCCAAGAUCAUCCUCGCCGAAACCACCUCUAGCAUCAAGCAAAUCUCAACUAGGGGUCAACUCGCCGGAAGAAGAACAGGAAUAUCAGUUCCGCCUGUUCGCGUCUACCUCGAAGUCUACCGCUGAGCCCUCUAAGCCCAAUCCGACCACCGCCGACUCCAGAAUCAGGCUUUCGCACACCCCAGAGCCUGUUGCACUUGCCGACUCAUUGUCUCUGGACAAAGCACAAUUUCUUCGUCCCAAUCGCCCCGACUCAUAUUAUUUCACCUCCGCGCUCCCAGAGGAGAUGACUCAAGUCCUAAGAUCACAGUAUGCAGACGUUGCCGUGUCAUCCUCGGACGUCAUCUCUAGAGCAAAAUCAACUAAAUGGCCCGGAGCUGCCCUCCCUUGGCGUCUGAUUCAUGUUGAACUGCUUGGUAAAGGUCGCCAGCUCAAGGACACUGUCCAACCCGCUGGAUCCAUUUCGAAUACCCGGGAAUCCAAAUCGAGUCCAAAGAGACCUUCAAAGAAACGGCGCAUCCUCCUCCGUCGCCGCCUUGCCCUGCGACAGGAACUCGCCGCACAGACAAGGGCUGCAGAGGAGACGGAACGGGAGAAGCGCACACGACGGAACCGUGAAAAGAAAGUGAAACGGAAGGAGAGGGAGAAAAGGAAGAAAUUGGAAGCCCCGGAGGCCGAUGGAAAGCAUACAGGUGAUGAAGAAGGAGAGGGUGAUGAGAGAGGUGAAGUAGAAGAAGACAUUCUGGCGAAGGAACGACAUCCCAAGACAGACGGCGAUGUAAAGCCGAACAGUGACCAGAAGGACAAUAUCCGGUCGGAAAGGAACUCAGCUUCCCCUGUCAACACUCUAGUCUCCGUAUCCACUUCCAAGGGGGCUGCUACGAUUGCGACGUCGACCAACGCAUCCAAAUCUUCGGCGCCGACACGACGAGCUCCUACGUCCAGAGCGCUGACCGCGGCUGUUCGGCCACCACAGCGGACGUAA